AUGCCGUUUUUUCCGGAUUUACACAGUGAAUUGUGUAGAUCAUGGGAUAAACCUUAUUCUGCCCGGCUUUCUACUCCCCAUCUGCUGGAGUUUGGCAAUGUGGCGGGUAUUAAGGACUGCGGCUACGGGACGAUGCCGCGGGUUGAAGACUCUCUUGCUAGUUACCUCUCUCCCCAGCUGACGUCGUCUUUUGGCAAGCCGGCGCUGCCGACGGGUCCGUGUCGGGUGACUUCCUCGCUGGUGGGGAAGGCGUAUAUGGCGGCGGGCCAGGCUGGUGCGUGCUUGCACACCAUGGCGGUUUUGCAGGCCUACCAGGCGGACCUGCUGCUGGAGAUGGACGAGAGAGGAGGCCCCUCUGAGGAGGAGUUGGCGGAGCUACGCCGGGCCACGGAUCUUUCGCUUCGUGCCACCAUGGCUACGGCCCGGGCUGUGGGUCGCUCCAUGUCUGCGUUGGUGGCCACGGAGAGACACCUUUGGCUGAACCUUUCGGACAUCAGGCAGAAGGACAGAGAAUUCCUUCUGGAUGCGCCGGUUUCUACUACGGGCCUGUUUGGGGAGGCGGUGAACUCUGUCGUCGACAGGUUUCGCCAUGUGAGGUCCCAGGGGGAGGCAUUCCAGCAGUUUUUCCCUCGCCGGACUGGAUCCCGCUCUGCUGGGUCGGCUGGCCCUUCUCAGCCCUCUACCAGCUCCCACCGCCGGCGCCAGAGACAGAGUGUGGCUUCUCGCGGUCCCCCUCGAGUGGCUUGGGACGCUGGGCAACGCUCCCGCGCACCCCCCCCCGGCGGGUCGGACCUGAGGGCCGUCAUCCGCCGUGGCGCUCGGGACGCACUAGCCGCCGCCGGGCCUUCUCCGCUCUGCCUUCCCCGAGGGGUGGCAGUGGGCCGGAGGUUCGGCUCCUGGACUACAGGUCGUCGGCGGGUUCUUCCUGGCAGCCCGCUUCAGGGGCUCUUCCGCGAUCGGCACGUCGCACUGGCCACCAGCCCCGAGGGGUUGGUUCCGCUGGCGGAUUUUGCAGACGCUUGGCGCGGUUUGGUGAACAUGUCCCCAUGGGUUCUGCGCACCGUCGUCGAAGGGUACAGGCUGCAGUUCCGGGUCCGCCCCCCCGGCUUCUCUGGGGUGGUCCGGACUGUGGUGCGCCCGGACCAGGGCCUGGUGCUGGGACUGGAAGUGCGCUCGCUGCUGGAGAAGGGGGCCGUGGAGCUCGUUCCCCCGCAGGACAGCGGGUCCGGUUUCUACAGCCGGUAUUUCCUGGUUCCCAAGAAGGACGGGGGUCUGCGCCCUAUUCUGGAUCUGCGGGUUCUAAACCGGUCUCUGAGGAGAUACAGGUUCAAGAUGCUCACCAUCCCCGCCAUCGUGUGUCACAUCCGGUCCGAGGACUGGUUUGUCACCGUGGAUCUGAGGGACGCUUACUUCCACAUCUCCAUUCGUCCUUCCCACGGGAAGUUCCUGAGGUUCGCCUUCGGGGGCGUGGCGUACCAGUAUCGGGUUCUUCCCUUCGGCCUGGCACUCUCCCCUCGCACUUUCACCAAGUGUAUGGAUGCGGCGCUGGCCCCUCUGCGGCUCCGGGGCAUCCGGGUCCUCAAUUACAUCGACGACUGGCUGAAGUCCAAGGGGUUCUCCCCGAGGGGGAACCCAUUCCGCCUGUUACGGGUUGCGCACAAAUGUCUUCGUGCCCUGUCGGUGUGGAAGAAGCCUUGGUUCCUGUCCCAAGGACCCGCGCUGGGGGCUCCCUGUCGCCGUGUAAUCGUUUCGACAGACGCUUCCCUCACCGGGUGGGGCGCGGUCAUGGACGACCGCUCGGCGAAGGGUGUUUGGCAGGAGCGUCACUCGUCAUGGCACAUCAAUUGCCUCGAGAUGCUGGCCGUGUUCCGAGCUCUGCGGGGCUUCCUGCCUGCACUCCUGGGUCAUCACGUGCUGGUCUGGUCCGACAAUACAGCUGUGGUGGCCUAUCUGAAUCACCAGGGGGGUCUGCGCUCGCGCCCUCUCUGCAGACUGGCGCAUCAGAUCCUCCUGUGGUCCCAGCGGAGACUGCUCUCUCUCAGGGCGAUGUUUAUCCCUGGGCUUCAGAAUCAGGGUGCGGACCUGCUGUCGAGACAGGGGCUGAGGCCCGGGGAAUGGCGGCUCCACCCCGAGGUGGUGGAGUCCUUGUGCGCAAGGUUCGGACCUAUGGACGUGGACUUGUUUGCGUCUCAGGAGUCUACGCACUGUCCUCUGUGGUUCUCCCUGACGCCGCCGGCCCCGCUAGGGCUGGACGCCAUGGUGCGGGAGUGGCCGAGGCUGCGUCUGUACGCUUUUCCCCCAGUCGCCCUGCUCCCGGGGAUCCUGGAGAGGGUCCGUCGGGAGGGCAUCUGCCUGCUUCUGGUAGCUCCAUUCUGGCCGACCCGGGUGUGGUUCUCGGACCUGAUGGCGCUCCUGGACGGUCUGCCGUGGCGCGUCCCUCUGAGGAGGGACCUGCUAUCCCAGGACGGGGGCCGGGUUCUUCACCCUUGCCCCGCCCUGUGGCGGCUGUGGGUCUGGCCCUUGAGGGGGCCCAGUGCCUGA